AAUCAUAAUUCUAAUUCCUCACACUAGUUUAUAAUCCUCAUUUAGUUUUAGUUAGUAGGUGGUCAUUUUAUGGUCAUCUUCGCGUUACUCAAAGGUUGUCUAAAAAUUAUAGUCUGACCAGAAACUUUUUUGAUAAUUUAUUUUCGAGCAUAAAUUUUUCCUAUCUGUUCAUAUGCACUCAUAUAUCUAUUCUGGCUGAGAUUGUUGUUUCUUAGCAAUUUCAGUGAAAAGUGUCUCCUAUGCUUGUCCCUAAGUUGCUUGGUGAAAUAUGUUCACCAGGAUCGGUUUAGGCUGACAAUGUCUUUUUUUGGGUGACUCUUAACUUCGGAAACGAGUUAUAUGUAUAUUCUAAAUUUAAUCUUAUCUAAUAUUCCUUCACAUUUAUCUUCAUUUCAUUAUCUAUAGAAUUUUCUUUGAAAAUAAUAGACUCAUGUACUCGGUUUAAAUAUUCUCAAAGCUCUUAUAAGUUUUCUCGAAGCAUCAAUGGAUUAUAGAUUCUAAUGAUCGUAUGGAUAUCUGAUACAAAUUGUUGUCAUUUAUACGAACAUAACUGAGCAAAGUUUUUUGGACGCUAUUCUGAAAUAUUUCGAUGUAUUAUACAACUUCAUCAGUUUGACUUCAAAAGACAACAUUUCAUGUGCCAAACGAUCUUUGCAUCGUCUUAAAAUUGCAUACAUAGAUGUUGACUUUAAAAAUGUGUCUGACAUUCGUUACAUUUCUUCGCUUCUAGGAAUGACUUUUUAAAUCAAGCAAUGAUGUCGGAUUCAGACAGUUCAAAUAAAGUUACCAGUACAUUUGAACACUUCUAUCAUAUAGCUUCGUCAUACGGAUUUGGAUUGCAUACAUUUUCCAUCCCAACCGUGAUCAAAAUCCGAAAUCUUUCUGAUUCUAAAGACAAACUACGCUGUCGAAUUUACUUCAUUUCUUAUCCGUCGACUAGUUUUCAACCUGGUACUAAACCUUCAUUGUUUUUCGCUGAUUUAAUCCGGCAGAAUUCCGAUGAUCAAUUAAUAUGGUAUCCAUUGUUGCCUAAUGAAUUUUUAGACUAUAAAAAUUCACUUGCAUUAACCGAUUUCUUAAUCCAUGAACGUAUGCGUGUUUCUGUAUCGGGUGUUAGCAAUUAUUGUCUAUCCAAUUGUGGUAAACUAAUUAUUUGUGCAUCAAGUGAAAUUUAUAGUACUGAAGACAAUACAUGUUUUGGAGAACAACCUAAUUCUUUGGAACUAAUCAAAACUCCAUUGUCUAGUGCAAUUCAACCAAUUAUGUGUCCAUUCAAUUCAGAUUUUAUUGUAUGUUUAUCAAAUGAAAAUAUUUACAUUGGUUAUAUACCAACAAAUACAUGGAUACCAGUAACAAAUCAUACAAAUAAUAGUGGUUUGUCUGCAGGUUUCCCACCAUUCGUCGUCCAGGAAGAAUUUGAUCGAUAUGUUGGUUAUUGGUGGAGACCAACGAUGACCAAUGAUCAUUAUUAUCAGUUGUUAUAUGAAGAAGUGGAUGAACGUAAUGUGGCUGUGACGAGAUUGUUUCAUGGGGAAUUUGGUGGUGGUUGGGAAAAUCAACGUUAUCCAAUUGCAGGCACUGAAAAUGCAAGUAGUAAUUUGAAAAUAUGCCAGUUUAAACUGGAUUCAAUGGGUAAAAUCUCCAAUGUACAAACUCUUGCACUACGUUCACCUUUAAAACAAUACUUACCGAAUUUUGAAUAUUUAGUUCGUGCUGGUUGGACACCAGAUGGGAAUUAUGUUUGGUGUCAACUGAUCACUCGCCUUCAACAACGUCUUUCACUCAUAUUAAUUCCAGUUGAUAAUUUCUUACCUAUCUCUGAUGUUGUUAAUCAUCCCGAUCCAUCAUCAUUGUCGUUUUCAUCGGCAACAUCCACAUUAACAGACUAUUCAUCUUCAUUCUUCACUUCACCAUGUAUAGAAUUAGUGACUGAAGUCGAGUCGAAAUUUUGGGUUAAGGUUCAUGACGUUUUAACCUUUCUGAAAUAUCCAUGGGAUUCAACAAGUGGAAUGAACAAAUCAUCAAAUUUUACAAAUGAAAAUUCUUGUACAUUUAUUUGGGCUUCACAUAGAUCUGGUUUUACACAUUUAUAUCUUAUACAAUGUUCAUGGCCUAAAACUUCAAUUAAUAAUAACAAUAAUGGUAAUACUUUUACACAUGAACAAACUGCAACCCUUAUCCAAGCUAAACAAAUUUUUGUUGAUCAGUUAACCGAUGGUGAUUGGGAGGUUACUGGGAAUCAGGUUUGGCUGGACGAAGAUAAUAAAUUUGUUUAUUUUGAAGGAUUUAGGGAACAUCCUCUUUUGAAACACAUAUAUUCCGUAAGUUAUGGAAAUCAAAGUGAUCGAGGUUCAUUAAAUUGUUUAACGUUAGACCUUCCAAUCGACAACAAUGAUACUCGUGUUAUGAAAUCCAUUCAAAAUGCACACAAUUCAUCAUCAUCAUCGUUAUCAAUGAAUUCUAAUAUUGAAUGUACAUUGGAUCCAUUGUUUCAUGAUUCAUGUUUAUUAAUGAAACCAUAUCCAUUGUCUUAUGAAUUGAACACAUUCAAUAUUCAAUCUGGUAUUAUGAUCCUAGAAUCAAGCAGUUUAGAUAAACUUGUUGGCAUUCAAAUUUGUCAAGUUAUUAUUGAGAAUAAUGAAAAUAAUAUAAAUAAUUCUACUAGUAUUACUGUAAAUAAACAUCGUAAACCAAUUCUACAACAUAUAGCAUGGCUUCGUAAACAUGUAUGGCAUUAUAAUGCAUUCAAUGGAUUCUAUCCAACUAAUCCUCCGUUAGUCCUUCGAUGUGAUAUAUUUAAUAAUUUAGAUCGAAUGCUCACAUUACAAAAUAAUAAUAAUGAUGAAUGUAUAAAUGACCAUAUAAGUAGUAGUAUUAGUGUUACAUACUCAUCAAAUUAUAUUGAAUUUAGCAAUUCACAAUCAAUACUAUACGGACAGUUAUUUGUGCCAAAUUGUAAUCAUAGUCGACUGUUACCUGUAUCAUCGGUCGAUGGUGUUAGUGUUGUUGGUUAUCCAACUUUGCAUUUUGUUUAUGGUGGUCCAGGUAUUCAACUUGUUCGUGGCAGUUAUUCAAGAUCUGUAUUUGCUCAUGCUCAAUUAUUUUGUCAUUUUGGUUAUGCUGUUUUUCUAUGUGAUUGUCGUGGUUCCUCUAAUCGUGGUAUCAAUUUUGAUGGUCAUAUUAAAAAUCGAUUAGGUCAGGUGGAACUUGAUGAUCAUGUGGCCUUUUUAAAGUAUGCUGCAAAAACCACUGGACUUAUUGAUCUUUCACGUGUUGCUAUUAUGGGCUAUUCCUUUGGUGGUUAUAUGUCAUUGAUGGCUGCAAUGCUAUAUCACGAUGUAUAUAAAGCUGCAAUAGCUAUUUCUCCGGUGGUUGAUUGGACGUUAUAUGAUACCGCAUACACAGAACGAUAUAUUGGUCUACCUAAGGAUAAUCCAGAUGCUUAUUGUAAAGGUAACGUAAUGAAUUAUGUUUCAAAUAUGCCAUCAAAUAAAUAUCAUUUAUUUAUAUUCCAUGGUGGUCAAGAUGAAAAUGUACACUUUUUGCAUACAUCAUCAUUAAUUGAAAAAUUAGAUGCAUGUGGUAAACCACAUCAUUUUCAGGUAUGUUGGGUGGUCUUCAGUGCUGUUAAAAUUAUAUGGACAUUUGCCAGUUCCCGGUCGCCCAUAACCUGGUAGGAUACCCUUCCCCCUUAUUAAAGCAUUUUGAAAAGUGAUUGGGUUAUUAGUAAGCUUGAAAACCUGAAAUGGAUGACUGCAAAACCCAAAGGAAAACUACUUGAGAUCUUUCAUGCACAGCGUUUUUGUGAGUAGUUCUUGAUCUUUUAAUUCUGUACUUUUAAAUCUUUACUACUGUAGACGGGAAUCUGUGAGUGCUAUUUGUGGGAUGGUUUUUUUUCUAACCACUUUCUGCUGUUAUAGAUAAGCCAACUCAUUAAAAAUGCUCAUUGUCUGAGGAAAACAUCUCAUUUUCGUCACAGUCCAAGUACUAUUAGCUAUUUUUAGCCUUAUCUUCCUUCGACCGAUCUAACUGUCAUAUUAGGACUUAAUUGAAUAACUAUUUCAGCCAGUUUAACUUGAUUGGGUGUCAUAUGUAUUAUUUACCAAUCAUUGAGACAUAUUUCUCAGCAAAACCGACAAUCUUCUUAUGUUGACAGAUAAUUCCCAUUUGAACAUUAAAAAUUAAAAAAACACGAAGUUCAGCGAAGGGAUCUCUUUUCAACGAAUUUAGUAUCAAGCUGUACAAUCGUAUAUAUAUAUGAAAACGAUUUGUUAAAGUACUAAUUCCAUCAGGAAAUGUGGACACGAAUAGCCAAGAUGACUUAAUAGAAAGAUUACAAUACUAGAUUACAUAAUACGAAUAAUAACAAUAGAUUUAAUGAAUAUAAUAAGAUGAUGAAAAUGUUUUUGUUAUAAUAAUUAAAGGUCAUAAAGACGUAGAAGAUGAAUAAGGUGAUAUGAUGAGCAUUUACGAAUAAAACAUUGAGAAUAUAAGACAUAAGUAAAGGGGGAAUGCAGUAAUGAUGAUAAUAAUAGGAUAAUCAAAAUAAUUAAGGUCAAGGUAACGAUAACGAUAAGACGUACUUCUUUUGUACGCAUAGUUCUGGUUUAAGCUCCUGGAUUGUAAGAGAUUCGGCUAUUUUUAAGAGUUGGAUACGAAGAAAUCUGGGUAGACUUGGAUGAAUAAUAUAAAUAACCUUAAAAUCAAUUUGUGGAUCUGUGGAAUAGUUACAGUCGAUUAGGUGUUCAAGUAUAGAACUCCUAACUGCUUUCCUUUCAUCCUUAUAGAACCAAGCUGUUAUAUGCUCCCAUAUCCAAGUUGAAAGCGAGCGCUGGCUACGGUCAAUGUACCUUGCUGUACAAGAGCAGGUGAACUGGUAGAUGAAUGGUUAAUUGUGUUCAUAUUUCCUCACGGAAUUAGUACUUUUACAAAAACAAAAAUUUUCAUAUAUAUAUA